ACUGCCUUGGUCAGCCCGUCAUCUCACGCUCUCUCCCCCUUCGCCCUCCCUCUCCUCUCACGCUCGCUCGCUUCCAAAAUGCAACCUUCGGUGUCUUGACAGGACUUUUGAAGUAGUGACUCUUGAAUAACGAAAUUCUCCCACCUUAGUCAUAUGACCGUUUUUCUUUUUUUCUAUAUCACGUCCUACCUACGACUUACCCUUUCCGACGACUUUGAUGGACUUGUACGAACCAUGGAGAUGCCUAAUGAACAACGACCAUGGCAGUCCUCGUCGUCAUCGAUCCACCCGGGCCGUUGCAAUCUCGUGUCGCUUUCUCGCUCUCCUUCCCCAUCCUCGCUCUGUUUCAUUGCUCCUUCCUGUCGUUGCUGGCCGAUGCCCUGCAGACGUCUUCAGUCAGUCUGCUGGCUCUGCACGCCCAUGGCCGGCUUGCGUUUGCGCCUUGCUUUGGUUCGUCUAGAGCCCCAGAUUAUCCCCUUCGAACCCAACGGCGAGGAUUCCGACAGGAGAAAGCCCACCCAGCUUCCGGUGCUCAGCGGAAGUUCUCCGUCCCGCUUCACCCGUAUCCAGAGCGCUGAGCCGUUUGGAUCAUCGCCAGGCAUGGGCCUCUUGGUUUUCGAGGUUUGCGCUGUCAAGACUCUUUCUUCCGUUUGCUGCCCUGCGCUCGACUGCUCAACUCGGCCUCUAUCUCCUCAAUUGGCGAGGGAUGGGCCUUCCCACUCUCUUUCCUCUGGGUACGUCUCCGUGUAUCCUUGAAUCCUCCUCCUCCCCCGUUUUUUUCUUCUUCUUUGCCUCCUUGCCGGGAUCAUCAAU